CGCACACUCAAUGACGCCCGAAUCGGCACGCACACGACUUGAGCAUCACAAGUCAGGUACGCACCGACAUAGCCACCGUCGCACGAGCCCUUUUCAUGCCGUCAUCGCAAGCAAGACAUCAAAGCAUCAACGAAUUGAUCGGCGAUGUCACAUGGGCAAGCAUUGGCCGACGUCAAACAAGCACACCGGCGCCUGUAUACGAACAGGUGUCUUCACAGCUCAAGGGGAAGAAGCAAGACGCAAAAAAGAAGGCCAUACAAUGUCAACGCAGUCACCCGCUCUUCGGUGUGAGGGCGAUGUAAGCAGCCCACAUCAGCAAGCCGAUCUUCGCCGUCUCCGUCACAGCCACCACCCUGUGUGCCGUCUUGAGCCACGGCACCUUCUGCUUGUCCACCGGCUCGCCCCUCUCCUCGCACCCAAUCACAUAGUCGCCCCCUUUCAGCAGACACGGCACCGGGAACACGUGGCUGUGGAACAGCGAGACCGCCAGAGCACCCAUCAGCGGCAGAUUCAGUCCUCUCCCGUCGUCCGUAUUGUGGCCGGACAGCACUCGCCGCGCCUCGAGCAUGGCUUGGACAGCCGCCAGAGAGGUCUCCACCCGCCUGUAGCUUCUGAAUAGAUGCGUGCCGACGCGAAGCAGCUUGGAGCGGGGCACUUCGGGGGUCGAGAACUUGACGCCGGCGUCAUGGAUGAUGCCGAGGGACAUGCCGGCCCAGAUGAGCGAUAUGUAGCCAUCAGCCGACAUGGGAUCUGACGCACACACGGUCACAGACAGAAGCCACAUUCAGACACACGCUCUACAUACGUUGUCAACAGUGAAUGCGUUUUGUCUGUAAGCUGUACCUGAGCACCCUGAAGCUGCGUGAAGAGGACGGAUUCACCCAGCGUUGACGCCCAAAUAGAGACCAGGCAGGACAGUCAGAUGGCGUGCACGCACAACACGGAAUCUAAUAUAUUGCACGCGAUGAUGGGGAUGAUCUCAAUGAGAGAGGAGGAGAUUGGCUCAUGGUAGGAGAAGUUCAU